AUGCCGGUGACUACUUUGAAGGGUGUUGUUAUUCCGUCUCUCCAGGCUAUGGUAUCCAAGUGGUUUCAUCCAAAGGAGAGGUCGAAAUUCUCAGGAUUUUUAUUUUCAGGUAUUUACGCCGGCAGUCUGAUAGCUAUGGCUGUUUCCGGCGUGCUGGUUGAAGCAGGAGGGUGGCCGAUGGCGUUCUACUUCUUCGGCGCCGUCGCUGUCGCUUGGUUCGUGCCCUGGCUGUACCUCAUUUACAGCACCCCAGACGACCACCCACGAAUAUCGUUGCAGGAGAAAGAGUACAUAAAGGCCGGUUUUGGGCAGCAGGUUAACGACAAACAGGAGAAGUUGCCCGUCCCGUGGAUGAAGAUUCUGACUUCUGCACCAGUGUGGGCAGGAAUAGUGUUCCAUUCUGGGACUGCGUGGGUACUGUACACUAUGCUUUCUGAUCUUCCGACUUACCUCAAGUUCAUACUUCACUUCGGCGUUCAAGACAGCGGACUCAUCUCAUCGCUGACGUAUCUGUUUUCCUGGAUCAGUGGCGUUGCAUUUGGAUGGUUGUCGCAGACGUUGCGAGCCAAAGGCAUUCUCUCACAUCUCACGUGCUACCGGCUCUUCAAUGGAAUAACUAGCAUCGGUGCAGCUGCGUGCCUGGUGGCGAUAACCCUGGUCGAGUGCCAGACUCAGGUGAUCGUGGUCCUCCUCGUACUGGUGCUGGUGGCCAACAGCGGUCUCUACGGAGGCAGCUACCUCAACCACGUUGACCUGGCUCGGAACUUCGCUGGAACGAUUGCUGGGAUUUUGCACUUGCUCAUGAAUUCCACCGGGAUUUUCACGCCACUUGUCAUCGGAGCUCUGACGAAAGGAAACCAAACUCUGGCGCAGUGGAACAUAGCCUUCUACAUCGCAGCGGGCGUAACGUGCGGCUGCUUCGUUUUUUACCUGAUUUUCGGUUCAGUGGAAGAGCAGAGUUGGAACAGACCUCCUGAGAAAUCUAAAGAACCUGAAAAAUCAUCCCCAGUUCAAGAAACGUAGCAAUACUUCUAAAUUUCACUCUUGCUUCAUCUGCCUAAUUAACUGAAUUUAAUUCGUCUAUCUACAACUGCCUUUCUUGUAUGUUUAUACUUUUUUGACAAAUAAAUAAUUGUUUUGUACUUUCUUAUCA